AUGGAUAACAGUAACUUGAUCUUAAAUUUUGUAACUCAAGGACCUAAUGUUGGUAACCAAAGCAUUAGAUCUAAACUUAAAGAAGUACGUGGAGGUUGGAAGGAAAAGAAUAGGGUUCGCAAAUCUUUGAAAAGAGAGCUUAAGAAGUCAAAUUCUGGAAGUAAUGAAAUCUCUCUUACAUCCACUAUCGUUGAGGCAGGAAGUAAUGAAAUCUCUCUUACAUCCACUAACGUUGAGACAGGAAGUAAUGUUCUACCAGAAAAAUCAAAUUCUAAAAAACAAUCUAAUCAAACUAAUAAAUCUUCAAAUAAGGGGGAUAAAGAAACACUUAAUCAUUUAAAUGGUGAUUCAAACAAUAAAACGCAAAUAAUUUCAUCAAUUUUCACUCGUAAUCCUGAAAUUGUUGAUAUUAAUGAAAACAAAAUAUCAUCAAAUAAUAUUGCAAAUAACGAACCAAGCAAUGCUCCGAUUAAUGAUACAUCAUUUAUUGGUAUGGGCUUGAAUGUAGACCUGGUCGCCAAUGUGAAAAAUAAACUUGGAAUCGAAAAGCCAACUAAUGUCCAAAAGAAAGCAAUUCCAUUUUUAUUAUCCUCAAUUCAAAAUAAUAAUGAUACAAACAAUAAAGAUGUAGAUAUUGUCCUACAAGCUGAAACUGGUUCCGGUAAAACACUAGCAUACUUGCUACCAAUCGUACAUCGCUUGAUUUGUGUCACUAAUGACCUUCAGAAUACCGAUCAGAAAACAAGAUCACCCUUAUCACGUUCCGUUGGCACACUUGCUAUAAUUUUAACACCUACACGAGAACUGGCGAAACAGAUUUUUUCAGUUCUAGAAAUUUUAGUAAAUAUACCACCAUCAAGACUUAGUGAUCGGCAUUUAGCUCAUUGGAUAGUUCCUGGUUCAAUUACAGGUGGUGAAAAAAAGCAAUCAGAAAAAGCAAGGCUUCGUAAGGGAAUAAAUAUUUUGGUUUGUACACCUGGUAGAUUAUUAGAUCAUUUGUCAAAUACAAAAUCAUUUAUUGUAGAACAUUUGCAUUGGCUAAUACUUGAUGAAGCUGAUCGUCUUUUAGAAUUAGGAUUCGAAGAAACUCUUCAAAAUAUUUUGAAAAUUUUAGAUGAUCGAACAGAAACAGGGAAUAAUUUAAAAAGUAAUUUAUUCACUUCACCAAUGUGGCCAAAAAAACGUCAGACUAUUCUUUGUUCAGCUACGCUUAAAGAUGAUGUUAAACGAUUAGUUGGUUAUAGUUUAAGUAACCCAUUAUAUGUUAGCGGAAAUGAUUAUUCUAAAGGACAAAUGUAUUCAACUCCUAAUCAAUUGAAACAGACUUAUGUGAUAACACCUGCGAAAUUACGAUUAGUGACCUUAACAGCGAUCCUAAAAUCAAUAUUUAAGGAUAAAAAUACGAAUCACAAAGUUAUUGUUUUUUUUUCAUGUUGUGAUACUGUAGAUUUUCAUUUCGAUUUGUUUGUAAAUUCGGGAAAUUUUCAAAAAGAUGAGAUAAGUAAUAUUUCUGAAGGUGACAGAGAAUUGAUUAUGGACAUAGAUGAAGAAUCUCACAGAGAAUCGAAUUCAAAAUCGAAGGAAAUUUUGAGCACGGUAAUUCCAAAAGUAAGACUUUUCAAAUUACAUGGAGAUUUAUUGCAACGAGAUCGUACAACAACAUUUAAUGAAUUCAGCAAAUUAAAAUCUGGAAUACUGUUUUGCACGGAUGUUGCAGCGCGUGGUCUAGAUCUUCCCAAUGUAGCAAAAAUUAUUCAAUAUGAUCCACCAACAGAUUUAAAAGAUUAUGUUCAUCGUGUUGGAAGAACAGCAAGAUUGGGCAAAAAAGGAGAUGCUAUAUUAUUUUUGUUACCAAGCGAAAUCGAAUAUAUUAGUGUAUUAAAAUCACAUGAGAUACAUGCAGAACCAGUCCAAGUAGAAGCAUUAUUGGAAAACCUUGUACAAAAAGAUAAGAAUAAAGAUUAUAAAGUAAUUGCUACUGAUAUUCAAUUAAGGUUUGAAGAGUAUGUUUAUUCUGAUAACAAGUGUAUUACGUUGGCACGAAAAGCAUAUUCGUCGUUUAUACGUGCGUAUGCUACACAUUCAGUAUCAGAGAAACAUAUUUUCCAUGUGAAAAAGUUACAUCUUGAUGUUAAACCAAAAAGUUUAUCAUUGAAGAGAAUGGCAGAAGAGGAUGUGAACGAUGAAUUUGCGAUUGGGAGUUAUAGUUCUCUGUUGGGACCAACUACAAAACGAAAAAAGAAAGGAUAA